AUGUCUCAAGAACCCCAGGCAAAGCGCCUCAAAAUGUCCGGCAACGCCAUUGGCACCCACAACGGCCACUUUCAUGCCGAUGAGGCCCUUGCCGUCUACCUGCUCCGCACCCUUCCCCGCUAUGCCUCGAGCCCGUUGAUCCGCACCCGCGACCCUGCCCUCCUCGAGACCUGCCACACCGUCGUCGACGUUGGCGGCGUUUACGACGACGCCAAGAACCGCUACGACCACCACCAGCGCGAGUUCAACGAAUUCUUCCCCGGCCGCAGCGCGACCAAGCUCUCUUCCGCCGGCCUGGUCUACAAGCACUUUGGCAAGGAGAUCAUCGCGCAACAGACUGGCCUCGCCAUCGACAGUGAGGAUGCCGAGAUUCUCUACCAGAAGCUGUACGACAACAUAAUCGAGGCCUUUGACGCCAACGACAACGGUGUCUCUACCUACGACCACGCUGCCCUCAAGGAGGCUGGAUACGAGAAGCGCUUCGAGAACCGCGGCUUCAGCAUCGCGAGCGUCGUCAACCGCUACAACUUCAACUUCGACAAGGAAGCCGAUGCGACCAAGACCAAGGAGCAACUGCAGUCGGAGGAAGACGAGCGCUUCCUCAAGGCUUCGGGCUUUGUCGGCGAGCAGUUCAUCCUCGAGCUCACGGACAAGCACCGCAGCUGGCUGCCGGCGCGCACUCUGGUCAAGGGUGCCUUCGACGAGCGCAAGCAGUACGACCCCAAGGGCCGCAUCAUGGUGCUGAAGACCGGCAUGCCCUGGAUGGACCACCUGUACACUCUCGAGGCCGAGAGCAACACCGCGGCAGAGAACCAGGUCCUGUACGUGCUGUUCCCGGAGAACGACGAGCCGGACAGCAAGUGGCGUAUCCGUUCGGUCAGCGUUGAGGGCGCCGGCUUCACGAACAGGAAGGACCUGCCCGAUGCUUGGAAGGGCAUGAGGGACGAGGCCUUGGACCAGGUCUCGGGCAUCCCCGGCGGUGUCUUCAUCCACGCCAGCGGGUUCAUUGGCGGAAACAAGACGUACGACGGCGCACUGAAGAUGGCGCAAAAGGCGCUGGAGUUGUAA